CAUACCGACUUUAGGAGAGAUGGAUCUGUGAACUAUGAGUCAGGAGUUAUGAAGCAUUUCCGUGCUGCUCUUGUGGAAUUAGUUAAAGAAUUGCUUAAGCCAACUUGGCAUGAAGGUCUUUUGAUGAGGGAUGCGUACAAGAUGAUUGUUAAGAAAGCAGUAGAAAAGAUCAUUAACUCUUUGACACCCGAUCAAGUUCCUGAUACGACUGAAUCCAUCAAUCAAUAUCUCUCUGUAUCUGAGACAAAAGUAGCUAAGCUGAUUGAGGGGUAUCUGGAGAAAUAUGGUAAAUCUUGAGAUGAAUCAUCAAAAGUAUUGCUUUACAUGCUGCCACUAGUCAGGAAUUAAUUAAACAUGUCAUUGUGGACUACUUAUGUUUCUA